CCUGUUCACUCGCUCGGAGAGACGCGAACGUGUGCAACAGCAGCGAAACUCUCUGCAGUUAGCGAUACACAGUCAAAGGAAGAGUGGAAACAUGGGCAACAUUGAUUCGGUGCCGAUCCUCUCCCAGUACAAGUCCUUGGUCCAGGUCAUCACCGGCGACGCCGAGGGAGCCAGGGAGACACAGGAAAACUUCAUCCACACCAACCCGGAGUUUGUAAACGGCUUGCAGGAAUUUGUAGAGGGAACGCUGGAUCACGUCGACAGAGUCAUAUAUCACAUCUUAGGAGAACGUGAGAGGGAAAACACAGACCGGAAAGACGACGACGGAAACCAUGGAAUUCCCGAUGACGGCAUACCCAUACCCAUACCCGAGAAAAUAUUCAAGGACGACGACUUCGGAAUUGCCUUCCAACUGGAGAACUCCGCUUUGACCGGCAUGGUGGCCACCAAGAUCCAGAUCAAGGUAGACUCUCCGGCAGAGACCACGGAGAGGUGCCGGCGUUCAGUGGCCGAAGACGAGAGCCUUCUCUUUAGCCCGACCCUGCCCGACGUCCCGGCCUGGGUGCAGGAGAAACUGCCGACCUCCCUGAUAGAAGGCUUUGCCGCAGGGGAGGCAGCAUGGACCAACCAGACCACUGCCGAUGCCGUCGCAACGACCCAAACCAUCAAUGCCGUCCUCACCAUAUUCCUGAUGCUGAAGCUGAUGAUGACCGGGCACCAAAGGUCCAAGCCCUACUACGACGAGAUCUGCCGUGGCCACAGCCAGGUGGACCGAUGCGAGCAGCUGCUGUUCGAGUCGCUCAACAAGUACGGCGAUGUGGGAGUGGUGACCGUCGAUGGCGAGGAAGAGGAGAUCCUGGAAGACAGCCUGGGCGGUCUCAUGUAUGGGAUGAGGGAGAUGGAGCGCUCCUCGCUCGUGGGCCAGGGCUUGAUGGCCUCCCUCUGCGACAACGACAAAAGCUGCAUGGAACAACUGAGGGACGGACUACUGGACGCUGCCGCAGCCUUCAAGAAACAUCUCAGGCUCGGGCGCCUCUAUCGCCGGGUCAAGCGCGGAUGCCUGUCGCGGGGGAUCAUUCUGCCGCAAGAAAAUUUGGCGGAAAUGUUCAAGGAGCAUCAUACGAUGCCGAAGAAUGAUUUUGAGAAUGCAAUUAAGCACAUCGAUACAGCUAUACAUGAGGGUGUGCUGCCGAAUCCAGAAAAAGGAAUCACACACAGCACCAUCAUCGAUCGUGAUGACCUUCCCAAUUUGAGAGCGAAAGAAAGUCCCGUUCCUGAUUUUCCUGGUCAAUUCGAUGCAGAAGUCCGCUACAUACUUCAUGACAUCCCCAAAAAGAGCGCCGUGUCGAAGAUCGGGACGGUGAGAUACGUUCGGGACUUGAACACUGGGGAGAUUGUCCACAUGAUUGGACCGCAGCCUUAAGUCCACAGGGCUCCCGGUUAGGCCCAAAGGUUGAAUUGUAGGAAAAGAAGCUUUGCGAUUAUGCUUGGGUACGGAGUUUUUGCACUGCCGAGGCCAUUUAUUUUCUGAAAUGCUGAGCUUAUAUAAAUGCACAUACUUUUGUUGAAAAAUGAUACCUUAUAACGUGAAGCAAUAUAUAUAUAUAUAUAUAUUAGU